AUGCAACACCACCAACUUCAUCACCAUCUCCACAAAAAUCUCUCAUAUCCAAAACCACCUAUCACACUUCAUAGGAAUAUUCACAUCCAACCCCAAAAAAUUCUCACUCUAUCACCAUCUCCAUCCUUCACAAAAAUACCCUCAAAUCUUCUUCAUCUAAGAAAAAUCACUCCUUGUAAUGCAAUAACACCAUUUCCUACACCAUCUUCAGACACGAACACAGACACAGACACGAACACAGACAUUAAUGUUAAUGUUGUCAAUGUUGUUGGGAAUAAAAUUCAAUGUCCUCCUGAGAAAAAGAGUUUCUGGGGAGCAGUGAGUUUGAUAAUUGGUGCAGCAGUUGGGCCUGGAAUGUUGGGUUUACCAUCUCUAACAAUAAAAUCAGGUCCAAUACCAUCAACAAUCAUAAUCUUCAUUUCAUGGAUUUAUGUAAUGUCAUCAAUAAUCCUUGUUGCUGAGCUUUGUUUUGAUGCAAUGGAAAAGGACAAUGUGGAAGAGUUGCAUGUGUUGCUGGAAUCGGAUCGAUCAUUUCCACGAUUUUCACGAAUUGUAAUGGUUUUGUGUUUUAUGAUGCUUGUUUCAAUAACUGGAUUGGUUGGGAUUGGAGUUGUUGUGGCUAGAGCUAAUAUAAUAAGCUCAUUUGGUUCCAUUUCGUGGAAAUUAUCGUCCAUUUUGCCGAUUAUACCGGUUGCUGUGUUGACAGUAGGGUUUCAUGUGAUUACGCCUUUUAUAUGCAAAAUUUCUGGUGAUACUAUUGAUGAUGCAAGAAAAGCUAUUCUGAUCGGUGGAACUGUUCCGUUGGUGAUGGUUUUGUCAUGGAAUUUGAUUGUGUUGGGACUUGUUGGAGCUAAGAAAGGUACUGAUUUUGUUGGUGAUCCUAUUACACUUUUGCUUUCGGUGAAUCCUUCUGCUUUAUCGGCUGUUCAAGGUUUUGCGUUUUCUGCUAUGGCGACUAGUUUGAUUGGUUAUGCUGUGAGUUUGCCUAAGCAGAUUCUUGACACUUUUGAAAUGGUAGUUGGAAAAAGUGAAAAUGGAGGAGUUGGAUUGGUUUCUUAUUCAGUGUUCACAGCUUCCUAUUUUAGGUCUACAUUUUCAAGAGCUCUUGAUUUUGCCGGUGUCUAUGCGAAUUGCUUUCUCUUUGGCAUUAUUCCUCCUGUCAUGACUUAUUUUCAUCAACAAACCAAUAAGGAAAAAAUCAGGUCAUCCUUCAUUCCAGGAGGAAAUGUGACACUUCUGAUGCUUUUCAUUAUCUCAGUCAUAUUAGCAAUUUGGCAUUAG